AUGGAUGAAAAAUCUCAAACCAGAAAGCCAAGGCAUUUACGAACGAUUCGCUGCAAAGACUGCGACCAGACAUACAUAGGACAAACAAACAGAAGGAUUAACGAAAAGAAGAACAUCGUAACCUCAUCAUUAACACACCACGUCAGCUCUACAUCCCACAACAUAGACUUUCAAAACACAAAGGUAUUUUCCAACGUAGAACACCCGAAAUCAGGAAUUAUAAAAAUCGAGAAACGGCCGUAUAAUUUAAACACGCGUGAUGACACCCAAAGAUUACCAACAGCCUGGAAACCAGUACUCUUCAAAACAAAACCACCUCAACGACUUUUAAACUCCCCAUGCAUGACCGGAACCGUCAUACGCAAUCAAGCUGAAAACCAACCAAGGGCUACCACACGGAACGAACAAAUCGUAUAUAAACCACCAGCAGAUACCAACAUUUGA